AUGAAGUAUCUGAUUGUUUGCAUGUUUGUGCUGUUGGCUGUGGCCAACACUCUGGCUCAGUACCCUAGCUACCCCGGAUUUAAUCCCAUGCUACCCUUCAAUCCUCCCGUUUCCCGCCAAUGGCCAAUCAACACGCAAAUGUGGCACGCCCAGGACGAGUUGGGUAGGGCCAGUUUCGGUUACGCCUACCCUGGCCAGUCUGCCGUCAAUUAUGUUGACGCUGCAGGUAAUAUGGUUGGCUCUUGGAGUUACAUCAACCCAAAUGGCAAAUUAGUUGCCACUUCAUACGUCGCUGAUCACCGAGGCUUCCGCGUUCAAUCCAACGACUUGCCAAUCGCACCCGUGGACAAUUCUGUCCCACCAGUGGUGGCGCCAGUUGUUCCAGUUGCUCCUGGAGUGACACCGCCUAGGAUUAAGGACGUUUCCAAGGAGGUUAAACCCGUUGUCGCCGUUAGGAAAUCCGUUCUUACCGACGUGACGGUUGCCGACAACUAUCAAUGUCUUAGGCCUACCGACCGCCGGAAGCGUCAAACCGACCAGUUCCCAGGUGGUGUCUUUCGGAUGGUAGCAAGCCAGAUAGUACCUGAGAAUAAAUACCCUUUCAUGGUGGCGCUGGUUACAUUAAGCAAGAAUAAGAAACGGUCUCAGCACGCUUGCGGAGCAUCUUUGAUUUCAUCGACCAAACUCCUCACCGCGGCUCACUGCAUAACAGACGAUUUGACGACUACAUUUGACGGUCGUAGUUACCAAGCCAAUUUUGGCCAACACUUCCGCAACGCCACGACAACCGAUGCCCAAGUGACGAGAGACGUCGUUGCUUAUGUCAUUCAUGAGAACUACGAACCUCGGUCGAAGGCGAACGACAUAGCUAUUCUGACGCUGGAUUCACCGGUGAAAUUCACCGAGACCAUCUCGCCCAUUUGCUUGCCAUCAAAGUGCAUGGACGACAACUUUGUCGGCAGGAGUGUGAGGGCCAUGGGCUGGGGCUACACCAAGGAAGAUUCUGGCACCGAAUCCGACUUCCUUCGAAGCGCUUCGUUCGACGUAAUUUCAAACGCAAAAUGCAGUAAAACUUACGGUGCUAUUAAGGAUCAUGAGUUCUGCGCCUACAAGGAGGGGAAAGACACGUGUCAAGGAGACAGCGGCGGCCCAUUGAUCACCGAUCACGGAAAUGACGAUCUCAAUUGCCGAUUCGUUCAGGUUGGCGUCGUCAGCGCUGGAUUUGGAUGUGCAAGGAAAGGAACACCCGGCGUAUACAUGAAAGUGACGUCAUUCGUUCCUUGGAUCAAAAAGUACCUUUACUUACAAGACUAA